AAGUUGGUUGAAUAAAAUUAAGAACAUGGAAUAUAAUAAGGAUGCAGUUGCUUGAGCACCGUUUCUUCCAUGUAUUCUGCAGAUUGGUGGCCUGAAUGAUUGAUUGAUAAGCAGCAUACGCAAGACUACAAGAAAACAUUGUCUGUUGCUGCUGUGUUUGCCAAAACUGGUGCAGAGUCACGUGUUCUGAAAUGCAGUUGAAAAAAAUGAGGGAAAUUUUACCAAGAUUGUACCCUGGCCAAGUUAAUGAUAAAAAUAAUUCUUUAACUACAUCCCCAAAGCAAUCUUCUCAGGAUAAAUCAAAUCCAUCAAAAGAGGAUGAUGACCAAAACUGCUGUUACCAAGGUACUGAGGCUGAGAACAAUAAGUUGUCACUGAUAAGCUGUAUAAAAUGCAGAAGUGUUCAGAAAAUUUCAAUGCAAGAUAUAGAAAAGCAUAAGAAGCUUGGGUGGACUGAAGACAAAAGUUUCAUCUGCAAGAAGUGCAGUCAUAUUACACCACCAGCUUUCCAUUUUUUUCCUGAGGGUACCAAUGCUUUAGACUUUGAAAAACAUGGAAAAAAAUCCCCAAGUAAAACCCAGAAAACAUUUAAAGUUAAAAACUUUCUGCCAGGUAAAUACUACUGUGAUAAAUGUAGAUUUUCAACAAAGGAUCCUUUACAGUACAAAAAGCAUGUAGGUCAACAUGAAGAAAUUAAAUUUAUUUGUUCCCACUGUAGUUAUGUAUCCUACACCAAAGGAGAAUUCCAGAGACAUUUGGUGAAACACACUGGAACUUUUCCGUAUCAGUGUGAAUACUGUGAAUAUGGUGCUGUUAGACAUGACUAUAUAGUAAAACAUACAAGAAGAGUACAUGAAACACCCACAAAACGGCUGUCAAAUACUAUAAUAAACUACAAGCAAAAGAAGCAGAGUCAAAGCACUUUAUUUGAAAAGCAGAUAUAUAAUAAAAUUCCUUUUCAGAAUGAAUUUUCAAAUUCAUCUUCAAAUAUGGUUUCUGAGAUUCGAAGUAAAGCAACUAAAACAGUCUGUUUGUCUCAUGAUGUAGAAUGUAGCAUAAACACAGCAUCAGUCCAGGAUAAACCCAUAUUGGAACCAUCUGAAAUAAGGGUAUGUGAGAAUCAAAGUGUGGAAGUUGAGGUUUAUUCUCCAAAAACAGAGCCUUUACAGCCUGGGAUGCCUUUAACAGUAAUUGCACCAUCUGAACUUGUAGUUCCUUCUAACUGUUUAGCUCAGAUAGUAGAGAUUAAAAUAGUGAAUGGAGCACAACAGCUGGUUCUUAAACUAAUUCCUAUGAAAGAGGCAACUUACAAACCUGUGAACGGUGCUGAAGAGGAACUUGAGAAUCAAGAUACAGAACGAUCUGCAGAAGGAAAAAAAAAAUCUGUGUCUCAAAAUGAGUUACUAACUAUGGAAGUGAAUGUAGACAAAUUAUCCAGUGUUAGUAACCAGCUUAAUUUGGAUAGUACAUAUGACAAGAAUUCUGAAUGUCUUUGUUUUUCUGAUUCUCAACUCUCAGACUGUAACUCUGUAUCUAUACAGAGGGAAGAUGCAUCAAAAGUAUGCUUUCAUUUGGUGAAAGGUAUUGAUGUCCAUUCAGGUGUUAUAGAACUUUGUUCUCCGUCUCUGGUGAUGAAUACUUCUGAAAAAAAAAGUGAUUUUAAAUCUUCAAGGUGGGAAGUAGAUGGAAAAAAUAACUUACAUUAUGACCUGUAUUGUUAUGAAGAAGGUGUGGAUAUCCCCCCAAAAAAGUAUGCUGCUAUUUCUGGAGAUAAGAGUUACAAGAACAUCUCAGUAGAGGCUGCUCAGGAGGGCAAAAAUUUUUCUGCAGUCCUUAAACAAAAGGAUCCAUUGCCUCUAAAGAGGGAUGACAAAGAAUGUAGGAGUCUGCCACUCAACUCUACAGAAACACAUUUAGCUGGUAAGGGUUUUGAUAAAAAAUCUGUUACAUCUUUUGAAGCAGGAAAAAACUUUCAUGUCACUAAAACUCCACCUUACGAGGACAUGACUUUUGGCUUUAGUGAAGUAAAGAGAGCUGAAACCAUAAGUCAAAAGAACAAUCUUCUUCUGGAAUCAUUGGAACUACAGAACCUGGAAAAUAAAGGCAACCCUUUUGAGGGACCUGUUAUUUCGUCUGUAUUUUCUCUUAGCUCUGGGGCUGAAAACGUUCCAGAGAGCGUCAGAUGGGAUGACGCAAGAUGCAGUAAGAAGUCAGCAACAUUGCUGUGUAGAAAGAUUGCUCAGCUAAUGUCCGCUGCUGAAUCUAACAUGAAAUCCAUGCCUUUGAGAUGUCAAGCUUCUAGUAAAAAGGUGCUUUUCCCUCAAGAAAAUUCUGCAAGCUGUGAGAGAGUUGUUCCUGCCACUGAAGGGGAACAGUCUGCAUCUUUGCCUCAGGUGCAUGGUGGAAACAGUGUGAUUAGUAAUGAAGAACACUGUAAAGAUCAGCUGCUUACCUUUGCUAGAACAUCUAAAAGCAGGGUGACUAAAAAUUCCCAUGUUGCUUCUCCAGUGUUUAUCCCCAAAGGGACAAUGCUGAGAGUGCUGAAUGCUACUAGUAGUCAAAACUCAAAUGGAAUAGAAAACAGGAGUGAAACAUCAUCUCCUUCUACGUAUUGCAGUGAAAUGUUUCUGCCUCGCCCGGUCCCUGUCAAUGUUUCUGAGACACUUAGCAGUAAUUUGCCGUGUUUGCCUAAUCUGAAUGAACUGAAUGCUGAGUCUCGAAUUGUAUCACUCAGGCAAAGACCAAAGCGAGAGGCAAGUAUUAAAAAUAAUAGCAAACAAACUGGUGUACCAUUUCAGAAAAGCAGUGAUGUGAGUAAGCAAAGCAAACACUAUUCAAAAAGUCAUCUAGGUUCCAAAAAUAAGGCAAAACAAGCAAGCUUCAGGGAACUUCCUAAGAGGAAAACAAGAACUCAAUCAGAAACCAGUUCAAGUUCGGACAUGUCAUAUCUGUUGACAGCAAGACGUCUCCGGCUUGUCCCUCUGAAAAUGAAUCAGUUGAUAAAAUGCCCUCGUCGUAACCAGCCAGUUGUGGUACUAAACCAUCCCGAUGUUGACUCACCAGAGAUAAUUAAUGUCAUGAAGACUAUCAACAAGUAUAAAGGUCAAGUCUUGAAAGUAGUUCUGUCAGAAAGGACAAGUAGUUGUCUUGGUGUCAAACGUCAUCGAAAGCGUCUUACUCUUCAGAAUGUUGAGACAGGAAACCAAGCAAAAAAGCAGAGUAUGCUAAAAAUGAAACUAAAAAAGACCCAUAAAAACAACUACCAGGUGGUGGAAACUUCACCAGCUGACACACUUCAAUGUAUGUUUAAGUGUUGGUUUUGUGGAAGAGUAUAUAUGGACCAAGAAGAAUGGAUAAGUCAUGGACAGAGGCACUUGAUAGAGGCAACCAAGGGCUGGGAUGUUCUUUCUCUUCCAGCAAAAAAGCAUUAAUUGAGAGACGAGAGGGGGUUUCCUCUCUUAUUUUUAAUGAGUGCUACUAACUUGCUUGGAAAGUAAGAUUGAAAUAACUGCUUUAUUUUGCCAAAAGGUCUCUCCUGUUAGCAAAGUGGGAGAAGAGAGUAGAGUUAUAGAGACACAGAGAAGUUGAUAGUGAGGAUUAAGCACUACUUUGCACUCUCAUGUUUGAGGUUUGUAUUAGAGGUCAGCUUUGUCUCUUCCGUAGGAUAGAUUUGAAAAAGAUUUGCUAUGCAAGCAUCUUUCUAGUAACCAUUCUUUGUACUAGGAUACUGUGCUGUAACUGGUUUGUGCUAGGUCUAUAUGGAUUAAAAUCUUAGAUGAUGAUAUCUUUGUAAAUUUAACAGGGUUUAGUUUGCUUUAUUA